AUGGCCGAAAGUUUUGUCACCUCCUCUAAUGAAAUCACGCCUACCAUGUCUGUGCUUGCAGGAUCCCUCUCGGGCCUUAUUGUCCGUUUCGUCAUCGCCCCAAUCGAUAUAGUGAAAAUCAGGUUGCAACUCCAUCGUGAUCCACAGAAAUACCGCUCGAUACUGUCAACUGUCAAAUCUAUCCUGCAAAACGAGGGGAUUCGAGCUUUUUGGAAGGGAAACCUCCCUGCAGAAAUGAUGUACGUGGUUUACGGAGGUGCCCAAUUCACAGCUUUUGCAACGAUAUCAAAUCUUGCAGAUUCAAUGAGGUCGAAGUUUAACAUGAAAAAGCCACAGACAGAACUCGGAACCACAUUACAAAACGUCGUAGUGGGAGCUUUAUCCGGGUGUAGUGCAACAUGCGUCUCGUACCCUUUAGACCUGCUACGUACCCGUUUAGCCUCCAACGAAACCAAACGAUUCAAAUCUUUGGGCAAUGAAAUCAAACAUAUCUACAACCUUGACGGUUUUCGAGGGUUUUUCUCCGGAGGCCUUGUAGGUAUCAACUACGUUGCUCUUAGCACUGGUUUCUCCUUUGGUACUUAUUCAUACAUCAUCAAUUGUGACAAAAAAGGCUAUUUUGAUUUCUUGAAAGAUCACAAUCUCAUUCUAACUCAUGCUGGAGGAAUCUCUUCAGUGGCCGGACUUACUGCAGGGGUGGUUUCAAAGACAUUGGUGUAUCCGCUUGAUCUAGUCAAAAGAAGAUUACAGAUGGGAUGGGGGACUAGCAUGUACUCGGUGUUGAGAAAUGUGAUCAAAAUAGAAGGAGUUUCGGGCCUUUAUAAAGGCUUUAUUCCUGCUGUGUUGAAAAGUGCUCCUGCUACGGGAAUAUCCUUGUUCUGCUAUGAAUUCUUCAUUGGAGUCUUUAAGAAGUUUUAA